AUGAAGCCCGGCCGACGGCACCGGUAUUUUCUAUGUUAUAAGGCGACGGGCAUUCAAGACGACCUUCUCGCCUCCGCAAGCAUGCGCUCUCUUCUCUGUGUGCUCGCCUCUGUGGCGGUCGCGGCCGCUGUCCCUUACCAGGAGUACAUUCUUGCCCCUCCUUCCCGCACGGUCCACCCUGUAUCCGUCCACAGCCAUCACGGAUCUCUUUCCUCCUCGAACACGCUCGUCGGCGGCCCCAGCUCAAAGACCAGCAUCAUCUUGAACGGGUUCAACUCCUCCAUCACCUACGACUUUGGCAAGAACAUUGGCGGGUGGGUCAACCUCGACGUUUCCUCCCACAAAGGCAGCGUCGGCGUCACUUUCUCGGAGAGUUCCCUGUGGAUAUCCUCUGAGCACUGCGACGCUACCGCCGAUGCGGGCUUCAACGAGACUCUCGUCUUCAACAUCACUCACGCGGGCCAUUACUCUGCACCGAACGACCAAGAGCGAGUGGCUUCCGCUAUAUGA